UAAUCUAGUCGUCUGCUUCAAUUCACAACAUAAACAUUCGACGUGUUUAGCAAUCACGGAAGUUAUUUUGUGUUCAUGCAAAUUGUAUAGUAAAAUUUACAAGGUCUUGGCCAUCAUAAUGGUCUUUCCGACGUUCGACGUGAUCGCUUUAGGGGCCAGACGUUCCCAUAUUUACUUUCUUUAUUAUAGGUUAUAAUGUUGAGUCGGGAAUACGUCCUGCAGAAACUUGGAGGGCAUUACCCUUUUAGUCAAAUUUGAACUUGAGAUUACAAUUUUGAAAGAACACAGACGUGCAGUGUAUCUUAUAUACAGGAUGGAGAAGAGAGGGCUCAGCACAUCAGAGGCUCUUCAGAUAUUAUUGGAUGACAUGAAUGAUGUUAUAGAACAGGAUAAGUUGCAGGAUGUCAAACAAAACAAAUUUGCGAGCUGCAACAUGCUCUUUCGUUUAAUGAAAACAUCCCUUCAAAUCAGAGAGCCGUUGUGCACUUUCAACUGGAUAUCAUUAUCAGUCCUAAGUGCUGAAGUGAUAGCUAUGCUGGUUGCCUACGAGAUUCACGAUUAUCAACAAUCACAGGCAUUAUUGUGGGAAGCUGUCUUACUUUUAUUAUUGGCUGUGUUCAAUUUUUCAUUCGCUUGCUGUGAUACACGCUUGCGUGUAACUGAAAUGCGCACUCGAACCGAGUGGCUCCGGAAUUUUGUUAAUGAAUGGAAACACAAAUGUGAAUGGAGCCCAGAGAAUUACCCUCACAUCCAUAGUCCACAGUCACCUAGCAUAACUUUGCAACCCACCAUAAGAGAUGGAAAUAUAGUCAACCUACCUUGGGCUCUUCUAGUAAAGGGAGAUGUAAUAGUACUUCGACCCGGUCAACCUGCUCCUGGACGCUGUAGAAAUGUAAAGACUUUAGGUAAUGAUGAAUCAAACUUUGUGUUGGAGGCGGACGAAAUUUAUACGCCACUGACCGACUCGGACAAAGCGGGUCCGUUUAACACGCCACUAUUGCGCCGACCUUUACCUUGCACUUAUUGCGUUCUCGAAGAAACCCCUUACGUCCAUUCAAUCCAAGUUGCUCUGAAAGAAGCUUUGAAUCGGCCCACUGGCGUUCUUCAUAAAGAAAAAUUUUUGUGUUUUGCCGUCUGUUUGGAGCAGUUUAUCGCCCCAAUUUUUCUGGUCCUUUUACUAGUGUUCAAUGCUGGGCGCUACUUUUACUUUUCAGAUCACCUUAGUACCGGUCAUUGGACAGAAAUGUUUCUCGUCCAACCCUGCCUAGUGGUGCUUCCUCUUCUUCCAAUUAUUUUACCUGUCGCCUGGCUCUUAAUCAAUGUCUAUGGCGUUGCCCUUAUUCUUGCUCUCUUCUACACAGCGCGUCAUUACAAAGUUAGCAACGAUCCGUUUGAGGAUGCAGAAGUCACCGCCCCAACUCAUUCUUCAUUCUGGAUCAAAUGUAAAGAAAUGAAACCUUAUUUCCUAGACACAUUAAUGGGUAGGGGCAAGUCACCCUUCCGCACCGGAAACAUUUUUCAAACACUAUCUUCUGUCACGGCACUUUGUUGUGUGGACAAGAAAGGGAUUUUAUCAUGGCCCAAUCCCACGGCGGAGAAAAUCUUUUUCCUGCGAAAUGGCUCAUGGGGACAUCAGCAAACUGAUUUUAAAGAAGAAACAGUCACUCUCAAACCCAGCAGCACAGCGGUUGGGGCCAUUUUAAAAAAGGGGAAAGAUAGCGCUAAAAAGACGCGGAAGCGCUCGAAUAAGCGGAAUUAUGCGGAACAUGUUCGAAGUAGCUACGAGACUAGAGCAGAAGUCCUGGACUUGAGUCACGACUGCACCGCACCUUUCCGUCUCCAGUUUGACGAUCCUUCUUGGCAGCAGUACAUGGGAUCGUUGAAACCUCUAGGUCUGGCCAUCCUGUUGAACACCUGUAACCCUUCUACUCAGGAGCGAUACAGCCAGUUCUGUUCCCACCUUGCCUGUCUCAGCAAAUUCCACGAAGAUACUGUCCCGGUUACAAAUCGACGAGAAUGGGAUGAAGUACGAGCUCACCUGAGCAUGUGCGACAGUUCGCGUACCACCGUUGCGAUGAAUAACCUCUUAACACAUGGUUGCCUGUGUGAAUUGGCCAAACAAAUUGGUUUCCAGAAUACUGCCCGCAACAUUUUUUCUUUAAAAGAUCAACUUUUCAUCUUUCGACAUCAAGCGGAUCCUUCCAGUCGCAAGGACAGACUGGCUCGCAGCUUGUCUCUUCCGAAAUUAAAAUUUCCUUUCCCGAAUAUGGUCGGUGUCUGUGUUCAAGAAUCCAACACGGGCCGGUUUCAAUUACUAUCACAAGGUACAGGUGAAAUUCUAUUGGAUGCCUGUGUCGACUACUGGAACGGUAUUGACCUCUGCCCACUGACAUUGGCCGAUAGGAAGAGGAUCCUCGAUUUCUACAAUCGCAGUAGCUUGACGGCCUAUUGUACAGCUUUCUCUUACCGGCCGGUGGAUGCUCGCUACCGUGAAACAACUGUGUGCGGAGGAGCCGAGUCACUGUUUCACAAUUCCGGAGUCUAUUUGGAGUUGCCUACGGAUAGUUCUCACCUCUACCAUCCACAGCGAAGCCCAACACCGGAAGGCAAUGAAUCGCUCUCGCGCAUCCAUUCAGACGGCAACCUUUAUUGCGCAACAACAACUGCCGGCUAUUAUUCGAGAUCCAACGAUUCCUCCAUGGCCGAAUCGCCAAACGAACCUAGUCCUAAUUCCCCGGAAGGUGUUUUUCAACUCCAGUGCAACCAGACUUUUGUCGGCAUGGUCACCAUGCAAUAUCAAGCCAGGACUGAUAUGGUUCAACUGAUCGAACAGUUGGACAAGUCGUCGGUGCGUUUCGUUCAUUUCAGCAAAGAAAACGAGCUGCGAUCGCGAGUCUUUUCAGAGAAAAUGGGUUUGGAAAGCGGCUGGAACUGCCACAUCAGUCUACUUAGCGAAAACGAUGGCGAAAUCAAAGAAGAAGGGAACGAGGAAAUGACCAAGCGGCGCCAGAACAAAUCGUCCAUGAGCUUGUUGAACAAGGACGAGUUUGGUGCGCUGAACGUCUCUGCCAAGAACCCGCAUUGCCUGAGCAUUUCCGCUCCUAGCGCCAUCAACAUUGAAAUGACUCAAGUCAAGUUUGAAGACGAGAUAUUUCUUCACAGCCUGACGGAUGAUGAUUCCCAGUCGGAAAAUUCGGAUACUGAUUUACUCAAAGAUGAAGAUCGAGACAGAUUAUUUCACUCUCAAAAGAGUCCGGUAUCGGUGAAAACUCCGUCUCCGCAACGGCACAAUUUGGUGAACUGUUCCAGUAAUAGCAGUAGCCCAUCUCUGGAGCGCUGUAACAGUCGGAGUAGAAGUAGCAGCAGCAGUAGCAGCAGUAGUAGUUCCAGCAGUAGUAGCAGUUCGAGUGUUUUACUCAACGUCGUUGGGGGAGUCGGUGGCAGUUGUUGGGAUUUAAACUUGUCAAGAUCACAGAGUCACGUUACGGAAAGUACAGAGCAGAGUGCUCCAGUAGCUUUUGACCUUACUAACCGGGCUAAACUUCCAAGAGGAAUUGAAGAGAUCCGACCGCAUAUUGAAAAUGUUGACAAUGUUCCUCUUUUGGUGUCUUUGUUCACGGAGUCUACUCCCGCCGCUGCAAGAGAAAUGAUCAAGAUAAUGCAGGAAUAUGGAGAAGUUGUGUGCAUUGUCGGUUCCUCUGCAUCCGCCUACAACUCCGCCAUCUUCAUGCAAGCCGAUGCCAGUUUGGCGGUGGAACCGCUGUACCCUCAAGUUUGCCAGCAAGUGCCCGUCUUCUCUUCUUUAUCGCAGACAAAUACUGUGUCUCCCGCCGAGUUGAGUCGCCGCCUCAAUUCACUUCCCUGUGCGCUGUCUUUCCAUCGGGAUGAAUUAUCCUCGUUGCUCCAUCUUGUCCUCGAGGCCCGUCACGUUGGCUUUUGCCUGCGCAAUGUUCUUCAGUUAUGGGCAGCCUCAAUCGCCUCUCUGUCUACCGUCCAACUAGGAGCAGCUCUGCUCUUCCUUCCACCCAUUUUCACGGCUGGCCAAAUCCUUUGGUUUACUUGCGUCAUCAUUCCUCUAUUGUCCAUCAGUCUUAUUGGUGCUCCUACCGAUCCUGGCGUUAUGAACGUCGCUACCGGAAAAAAUUCACGAAAAGUCGAUAAAGGGACUUUCAAGUUCGUUUUGUGGAGCUAUGGACUCAAAUUCUUCCCAUCGAUGAUCGUUCUCCUCAUCUUUUAUGGCGCAUCACUGCUAUCCCUCUGCUCUUAUGUCAGUCCCGACUGUCAAACGACAUCCAACUGUUCGUGGGUUUAUCCAUCACGUAAUGGAACUGUAGUGAAAGGGCUUUGGUCUGGCUGGGGAGAGCCGGCUCAUCUGCCUCUUUUGUACACUAUACAGCACAGCACCGCUUUGGCCUUUGUUAUUUAUCUAGUUUUUAUAUCCUUGUCGUUUGUUCAUCGCCAAUUCCACUUUUGGCAAGUCAAUCCGUUUAGCAAUCGAUUGUGGAUCGCUUGUUCCGGUGUCGUGAGCAUCUUGCAAAUAAUCUACUUUUCAAUCGGCACCGGGGCGAUUGGUGCCUAUUCGACGACCGAUAAUUCGUGCCCUUCGACCAGUUCGAUAUCCGGUUUUCCCCUUCCGGGAUGGCUUCUCCUAGUAUGGCCAAUUCCCCUCAUCGGGCUUAACGAAUUGGUCAAACAUUAUGAGAUCAAGGUCAAUGUCCGGCUUCAGAAGAGAGCUCGCUUAGAGUUUGGAACAAAGCUCGGAAUGAAUUCCCCUUUUUGAAAAGAAGAACAACAUGACGUGAUUUGUACGCUUGUGUAGUUUGCCAAUUUGCUGAUCUCUAUAUUACAAGACGAAAAUGA